UAGGGUUGAUUCACUACGUGGGUGUUUUCUUUCACAACGAUGGUGAAGAAAGUCUUCCUGUAAAGGACAUAAAGGAACAAAAAAAGAGGAAGAGGAAGAACAAGAGGACGCAAGCGGACGGAGAGGUGAUGGACAAGACAGAUGAGAGUCCAGUCAUAGACACGAACGGUGCUUAUCCAGUACGCUGCAGUGAGGAAGUACUUCUGACUUUCUUCACAGACCAGAGUCUGCAGGCCGCCAUGGACUCACAACACCCUCCCGCCUCCCCCAGCAUCCCCUCUGCCCUCCCAGAGCUCAGACUGGUCUUACUGGGCAGAAAAGGAGCAGGGAAAAGCGCAGCAGGCAACACCAUCCUGGGAGGAGUGGGCGGCUUUGAGAGCGGGAAGCCGACGGAGGAGUGUGUGAAAAGGCGAGCUGAUGUGGCCGGGAGGAAGGUCACAGUGGUGGACACUCCGGGGUGGGAGUGGUACUACCCGCUCAACAGCACCCCCAACUGGGUGCGCAGAGAGACUUUACGGAGUGUGUCGCUUUGCCCGUCUGGACCCCACGCCGUGCUACUGGUGGUGCGAGCCUGCGCCGCGGUAACAGAGGACUACAUCCGUGAGAUAGAGGAGCACCUGGAGCCGCUGGGGAAAAGAGUUUGGGAGCACACCAUGCUGCUGUUCACCAGGGGAGACGAAUUAGGCCUCGUGUCCAUGGAGCAGCGAAUCCUGACGAGCGGCCCAGGACUCCAGAGACUCCUCAAGAAGUGCGGGAACAGAUAUCAUGUUGUGGAUAACCGGAGCAAAGGAGAUGGGACGCAAGUUAAAGAGCUGAUAAGGAAGCUGGAGGAGAUGGUGGAGCGGAAGAAGGGUGGCAGCAGUUAUUUGGAGAUGGAUAACACGUUGCUGGUGGGUCUGGAGGCAGAUGGGAAGAGGAGAGCGAGGGAGAGGAGGAAGAAACAGAGGCAGAUGGAGGCGCAGUUGCAAAGAGGGACCAUCAAGGCUGCUCUGAUGAGUGAAGAUCUUCAGGGCUCUGAGCUAGACGCCCAUCAGUCGUUCUCCAAGGCUCCCCGACGUUUACCCGAGGUCAGACUGGUUCUCCUGGGCGAGCGUGAAACAGGAAAGAGUUCUGCCGGCAGCGCCAUCCUGGGCAAAACGGGCUUCUUCCAGGCCGGCGCUGUGACAGAGGAGUGCGUCCGUCAGCAGGCGGAGGUGGCCAUGCGGCUGGUGACGGUGGUGGACACUCCAGGCUGGGAGGGAGGCGUCGCCGGCGCCACACCUGAGCGAGUGAAAAGGGAGAUCAUCAGCAGCGUGGCCUUGUGUCCUCCGGGGCCUCACGCGCUCCUGCUGACUCUGAGGGUGGACACACUGGUGAGGGCGGCGCAUGUGAGGGAACACCUGGAGCUUCUGGGCGAGGGUGUGUGGAGACACACGCUUCUGCUGUUCACACACGGGGAUCAGCUGCGAGAGGGGGUGGACAUCGAGCAGCACAUCCAGGGUGGAGGCAGGGACCUCCAGUGGCUGAUGGAGAAGUGCAGAGGCAGGUACCACAUCAUCAGCAGUGCAGAUGGAGGAGGAAGAGGAGGCUCCAGUAAAGUGACAGAGCUCCUGCAGAAGGUGGAAAAAAUGGCCGCUAUGAACAGGUGUGAGGCGUUCUCCGGCCUGGUACAGGAAGUCAGAGAUCUGAGCCGGCAGAGGAACGAGAAGUUCAACCAGCGCCUGAAAGAGAUGCUAGAUAAAAUGCUUCGUCAAGAGGAUGAGCUGAAAAAUAUGAGAGAGAGAGAGAUGAAAAGAAUCAGGUGGUUUUUUGACAGGAAGAAAAAGGUGAAAUCACCCGGAAAGGCCGACAUUCAAAGGGAAGAAGAGGAGGAAGAGGACAGGAGGAUGGACGAAAGAAAGAAUGAUAUUGGAGAGCUGGAGGAGAGGAUGAGAUGGCUGACGGAGGAUAAAGACAGAGAAAAUCAGGAUCUGAGCAUUGAAAAUGAGAGAAUCCGCGUCGCACUGAACCAGGGCAGAAGAGAACAGGAUCAGGCGACGCUCAACCUGGAGCUAAAAGAGAGAGAGAUCGAGGAGCUGAAAGAGAGAAUUGACGAGCAGCAGCUGAAGCUUCUCGACCUUGAACGCGCCGCUGUCGAAAGUGAACAUGAGAGAAAACAAAGGGACGACACCAUUAAAGCGCAGAAACAAGAGUGGAUGAGUGAUGUUAAGAAAUUGGAAGAGCUGCAGAAGAAUGAGAAAGCAGAGUGGAUGGAAAGAGUUGAUUCGUUAAAAGCAGAAAUGGACGAGACUAAAAGACACCAUGAUGAUAUUCUAGAGAGAAAGGAGCAAGAAAAAAACAGGGAGCUGGCAGAGGUGGAAAAAAAACUUAAAAAAGAGAUGGAAUUAAAAGACAAAGAGCAGAAAAAGCAGAGAGAGAAAGUGGUGGAGGAUAUGGAGAGAAAAGUUGAAGAAAUGUAUAAACAGUUGGAGAGAAAAACGCACGAAAAAGAGACAGAGAUACACACCAUAAAAAUGCAGCAUCAGGAAGAGUUGACCAGAAAAAUCAGCAAAACAGAUAAAAAGAUGGAGACAAUGAAAUCUAAACACUUAGAAGAAAUUGAUCAGAAAUUAAAAGACAAUGCAAAACAUGUAGAAAUGAUCAGAAAUCAGCAUGAUAAUGAAAUAAGGGAGACACUGCAAGAAAAACAAAGAGAGAUUGCAGAGCUGAAAGAGCAGUUUGCAAAAGAAACAGAGAAACAGAUGCAAGCAAAAACAAGAGAGAUAGCAGAGUUGGAACAAAGAUACCUCAUUCAAAUAAAAGAAAACAUGGUAGAAAAUGAAAAAGAGAAGGAAACUAUUAAUCUUAAUCACAAAGAAGUUGUAGCGCAGAAGAUGCAAGAGAAAGAAAAAGAGGUAGAGGCGUUAAAACUGCAGCAUCGGGAAGAAAUGGCGAGAAAAGUGAACGAAAUGGAAAAACUAAUAGAGGUGAUGAAAGCUGAACACAGGGAGGAAAUAGACAGAAAAGUGAAAGAAAAGGAGGAAGAUGUGGAACGGCUGUACACUGAUAAAAUAAGGGACGUUGAGGAAGAAAGACAAGGACAGAUUAAAGAGCUGAAACAACAGUUUGCAGAAGACGUUGAGAAACAAUUGCAGGAAAGAAGAAGAGAGAUAAGAGAGUUGGAGCAAAAGCAUGCAGCCCAAAUAGAAGAGAAGGAGUUAGAAAAAGAAAAAGAGAAGAAAGUGAUGAAUGAAAACCAGGAAAAGUCUAUUUUGCAACAAAAGCAAGAGAAAGACAGACUAAUAGAGGAGAUAAAACAGCAGCACAGUGAUGAAAUUACAGAGAAAAUGCAGGAAAGUGACAAGGAAAAAGAAAGGCUUGUUGUGAAUCUUAAGAUAGAGAUGCAGCAAAGAUUGGAAGAAAAGGAAAAAGAGAUAGAGGAGAUGAAGCUGGAUGUUGAAGAAAUGAGAGAAAAACUACAACAAAAGGAAGAAAAAGAAGUAUAUAAUUUGAAAUGCAAGCAAGAAAUGGAGCAAAAUCUGGGAGAAAAAGAAAAAGAAAUUGAGGAGAUGCAGCUGAAAGUCAAAGAAAUUAGAGAAAUGCUGCAACAAAAAGAAGAGAAAGAAAUUGAACAUUUAAAUAACAAGAAAGAGAUGGAGCAGAGACUGGUGGAACAGGAAAAAGAAAUAGAGGACUUCAAUCUGGAUGUAAAAGCAAUGAAAGAAAAGCUGCAACAAAAGGAAGAAAAGGAAACAGAUUACUUAAAUUACAAGCAAGAAAUGGAGCAAAAACUGGGAGAAAAAGCAAAAGAAAUUGCAGAGAUGAAACUGAAUGUCACAGAAAUGAAAGAAACGCUGCAGCAAAAAGAAGAGAAAGAAAUCGAACAUUUAAAUUACAUGCAAGAAAUGGAGCAAAAAGUGCAGGAAAGAGAACAAGAAACACAAGUGAUAAAAGAGAAUUUAAAAGAAGCUGAGCAAGAACUUCUGCACGCACAUCAGCAAAGACAAAGCGAUCAAAUUAAUCACAAGAAACAGAUGGAGCAAAAACUCCAAGAAAACAAAAGAACAAUUGAAAAACUGAGCCAACACAUAAAGGACAUUGACGAAAUCUUGCAGAAAAAAGAAGAAGAAAGGGGGGAAAUUAUUCUGAGUCAGAAGAAAGAGGCAGAGCAGCGGCUGCAGGAAAGAGAACGAGAGAUGGAGGAGAUGAAACAGCAGCUUUUAGACGACAUGGAGCAAAAAGUCAAAGAAAAGGAAACCGAGAUUGAAAGUUUGAAACAACAGGCCGAUCAGGGGGAGACGAGAUGGAGGGAAGAGCAGAAGAAGGAGGACAAGAAAGCAGAAAAGGAUAUGAACAGACUGCUAGAAAUUAUUGACCAGAAAACAAAUGAAAUAACACAAACGCAAAGUUUUCUUGCAGCGAGAGACGGAGAGAUUGAGGAAGCAAAAAAGUCACGUGAAAACUACAUAAAAGAAAUUGAAGAACUAAAAGAAAGAAACAAAAACCAAAACUCCAGCAUCAUGGAGAUACAGCAGCGUCACGAUGAGCAUGAAAAGAAAAAAGAUGCUGAAAUGAUGGAAAAACUUCAAGAGAAAGAGGACGAACUGAGGGACAAUGAGAAGGAGAUCGGCCAACUGAGGCUGACGAUCGAGCAGACAAAGUCAGAACUGAAGGAGCUCACGAACAAGAUGGAGACGGAGAUGACGAGCAUGAUUCAGAAUUAUGAAAAGGAGAUCGCAAGAAGGAACGAGAGCAUAGAAUCCAUCACGAAGGAGAAAGACUGCGCUGUAGGUCACACGGAGGAAGUCACGUUGAAAUACGAUGAAAGUCGAAGGAGAGUUGAGGAGCUGCAGGAGCAAAACGAGAAGAUGAGAAAAGAGGCGGACAACCUGGAAAUAAAGUACGAGGAGCUGAAAAAAGAGAGCGAAGAAUUUCGGGAACGCGAACAGCAGGUGAAGAACAAAGACGCAGAAAUUCAAGACAUUCUUAAAGAGAAAGAGGAGCUAAAAGAGGCAAAUGACAAACUGAGAGUAGAGAUAGAGCAGAUAAAAGAGAGAGAGGAUGAGGCAGAAAGCAAGAUGACAGAAAUGAGAGAGCACUGCCAGAAAGAAAGAGAGGAAUUCUUGAAAAGUGAAAAGCAAAUUGUGAGUAAAAAAGAGGAGUUGAGCAAAAGAGGACAAGAACUCGCUGAGAAAGAGGUGAAGUUACAAAGUAAGGAACAAGAGCUUCAUGAACGGGAAGCAAAACAACAAAAAAAGCAACUGGAAAAUGAUGAAGAUGUGAACGCGAGGGCGCAAAACAUCAAGAAAAAGGAGAGAGAGCUGGAGAUUUUGCUCGGAGCUCUGGAAGGCAAACAGAAGGAGCUAAACUGUCACGGUCAAGACCUUCGAGAGAAGGUGAAAGGGAUCAAAGAUCACGGGAAGGACCUGAAAGAUAAAGAGUAUUACUUAAGAAACGAAGAGCAGGAGUUGCUCAACUGGAAGUCGGAGUUGCAGGUGCAAAACGAGCAGGUGAACUCGAAAACGCAGCAGCUGGACGAGAUGGGGAGAGACUUGGCUUUGCUGAAGGAGGAACUUCAAAAUAAAGAGAGAAAUUUAAAGGAGUUACUUAAGAAAUUGGGUAAAUGGGAGCAGAAUCUGAAAGAACGAGAGAAAAGGUUGGGCAAAAGAGAGAAGGGAGAAUAUGAUAAUGAUAAUGUUGAUGAGGCGGAUUGUUUUGAUCUGACAGCUGCAGUCGAACGUUCAGAAGAUGACGUGCAUUUAAUGUACCGAGAGGUCACAGAGAGGAGGGCCAAAGGAAAAGAGUCAGAUAGUCGGAGGACGAAAACAGCAUCGUCAGCUGCUGAAAGCAAUAACUGUCACCUUGAAACACUAAAAGAGAAAGAGACGGCUGAGGAAAAGGAAGGGAUGAGAGGAAGAGGAGAGACAAAAAAGAAAAAAGGACUAGAGAGGGCAAAGGUUGGCCAAGAUUUUACGUUUUUAUCUUUAAGUCAGGGUCACACACGCUCACACAAAGGCCUUCCUGUGUCGCAUUUGAGGGUGUUGGUGUUCGGAGAGUCCUGGUCGUCUCGCUCCCCAGCUGGAGUCACCAUCCUCAGCGGAGAGUCGCCCAAACCAGACGGCUCUACCUUCAGACUCUGGAGAGGUCAGGUCGCCGGGCGCCGCCUUGCUGUUGCAGAACCACUUGGUCUGAGGUGGCGAGACGGACCAGAUCCGAGCGACACGAUGCAAAGGAAAAGCAUCCUCGACAGCAUCUCCUGGUGUCAACCCGGACCUCACGUCGUCCUCCUGCUCAUGCCGGCCUUCCUCACCUGCACACACAAGUACAGACGAGCAGUAGAGGAACACAUGAGUUUACUCGGGGAAGACAUUUGGCAGCGCACACUGGUGCUGAUCACAUGGGGGGAGAUGUUAGGGGAGAGCGCCGAGCAGCACAUCCUGAGAAACGAGGAGCUAACGGGGCUCGUGGAGAGAUGCGGAGGAAGGUAUCACGUGUUGAGCAACAAGAAAAACAACUGUAUGAUUGACGGACUGUUUGAAAAGAUGGAGGAUGUGGUGGCUUUAAAUAGCCGAGAGCUGUGAUCAAACCGUCUUAAAAUAUCAUGUUUUUUAUCUUAUGUAAAUAUUUUUGAAUAAAUGUGAUCAUUAGUAGAAGUGCUCAGAUCAUUUAUUUACUAGAAGUCAAAGUAUCAAUAGAACAAGGUAAAAGAUUUGCAUUUUGAGUAAAAGUAUGUAAGAAUUUGAGUAAUUUCGGGACACUCUACGGGGCCACAGGAUUAUUAACAGUGCAGGAAAAUAGGGUUGAUAUCUGUUCCCAGUUCAGUUAAGAGUUAACACUACCGAAAUUAAUAUUUGGGAUGACCAUUUUACUGUGUGACUGCUGUUACGACCUACGUCUACCAACCAAUACAUGCAUUUAUAUCUAAAAAAAAGUGACUAUGUUAACAAAGUUGGUAGUUCAGACAAACUUCUGCGACACAACUCUGUAUUCAUUAUAUGGACAUUUCUUUAAUCUUUUCCUCUUUUGGUAAAAUAUUUGAUCAUUUAGAGAGGACUCACUCAUGCUACAUGUCACAAAAGGCUCUAAUUAGAAGCUGUUUUUUGUUUGAAGUCACAAACCAUAAUGAUUAACAGUCACUGGCUUAAUCUUCAACAAUCCACUCAUUGUAUUUUAUAAGCGUAUUACGCUUUUUUUAUGUGGAUUCUUAAUCUGAAAAGUAACCAAUUACUGUAGCUGUCAAAUUGAUGUUGUUGAGAAUUAUUUCCCUCUGAAAUGUAUUGCAGUGGGAGUAUAAAGCAGCAAAGCUG